AUGUCGCCUGUUGUUGAGAAACCCGGCGUAAAAGACAAAGGUCAAGCACUAGAAGUAUCUACACCAUUUAAUAAGAUAAGCAAGGCGAUGACGAAGGAAUUAGCCAGCUAGUACGAAAGCAAAAAUUUGUCGGCACGUCAAUUGAAGUACUCAUCUAUGAAAUGCACAAGUUGAUGAACGAUGAGAAAUCACAAGUUCUGCUGGAUAAAGCACUGGAACGUUUAAAUUCAUUAGAGACAGAAUACAGCCGUAUUGUUCAAGAACUGAUAUCUAUUCUCCCGAAUGAAGAAUCCGUAAAUGACGAAGUUCGAAGGUGGGCGUUAUUUCAACAAGAAAUUUUGGAAAUUACGAUGUUGGCGGAGUACCAAAUUUCCAUACAAUCAAAAGAAGAAAAUUCUAAGGGACAGUUCUCCACAACAAACCACUCAAACCCAGUAUCAAGCCAUUUACGUCUUCCAAAGUUUACGUUGAGCGAGUUUACAGGAAAUAUUAUACAAUGGGUUUCUUGGUGGGAUCAGUAUAAAAUCUGCAUUCACGAAACGAGACACUGA